AUGUCUGGAGAAAUAGACUACGGAUUCGGUGACCUCAUGGACGACCCAGAGGAUUACUGCCCACCCACUCCCCCACCUACAUCUCAGGUCUUCACCAUGCAGAGUGGCAAGCCCAUCACGCUGCAUCUCGUCGGCGCCAGUCCUACAGAGGCUCAUCAUCUGUGGAAUGGCGCAAAGAUGAUUGCCGACUUUUUCGAGGAGGACCCUUCUCGAGUGAAGGACAAGACUGUUCUCGAGCUCGGUGCGGCUGCUGGUCUUCCCAGUCUUGUCGCUGCUAUUCUAGGCGCACGCAAGGUCGUCGUGACAGACUAUCCGGACCCCGAUAUCGUCAGGAUUAUGCAGAAGAACAUCGACGAGUGUGACGAGACUGUUGAGCCUCAUGGUCGCAUUGCCAACACCGUCGAUGCUAUGGGCUUUGUCUGGGGUGCUGACCCGAUCCCACUACUCAGUCGUCUGAACCCAUCAGACGAGUCUCACAAGGAGCGCUUCGAUGUUCUUAUCCUCGCCGACCUUCUCUUCCGACACAGCGAGCAUGGAAAUAUGAUCAAGACGAUCAAGGAGACGUUGAAGAUCUCGCGCGAGAGCGUAGCCUACGUAUUCUUCACCUCAUACCGACCAUGGAAGAAGGAGCUCGACAUGGGCUUCUUUGAUAUUGCACGCGAGCAGGGCUUUGAGGUGGAGCAGAUCGCUGAACGAAGGCUCGACAAGCCGUUGUUUGAGAACGAUCCUGGUGAUUUGGAUGUCCAGAAGACUGUCAAGGGAUUUGCUGUGCGGUGGUCCGCUGAGGCAUGCAGGUGA